AGCGCAAGUUAGCAAGUAGGUGCGGUUUUAUGCUUAGAGCUAGAUCAAGAAAUGUACCGAAGCCGAUUGCUGUUUUUUAUCGUAAUAAGAAAUCAGCCACAUUCAGAUUUACUCCACCUGUUGCGAUAUCAAAAUGAAUCAUUUUCUGAAUCACAACCCUAACGGGGGGAAUGCCCCAUUCACGGCGCAACGGGACUCCAACUCGCUAAACGUCACGACCAACAGUACGUCCUCCUCCUCAUCAUUCUUCAAUCCGCAUCAGGGAGCGCAUCUGCAGCAGUCGCCGAACGGCAGCGCUUUUCAGCCUCUUGGAAUGAACCCGGGCAGCAACAUCAUGAUGAACAACAUGCAAGCGAAUUUCCCCCCGUCAUCUUCGCACAUGCAAAUGCAGAGCAAUCAGCAGAUGCAACAGCAGGUCCAGUAUCAGCAGCAUGACGGACAGCAGUACAAGAUUACUCCCUUGCCGCAGUACGUCUCCCCACCGCAGCAGCAACAGGGCUAUGGCAACCCGGGGGCUCAAGCUCCACAGCAGCAAGUGCCACUUAUCAGUCCGCCGAACGCUCCCUGUUUUCCGCCGCAGCAGCAAAACGGACUUUUUCACCCAAAUCUGGGACAGCAGCAGCAAGUCGUCCCAAGCGCCGUCGCACCCGGCGGCGGGGGUUGUGGGCCACCGCGGGCGAAUCACGUUGGGAGCAAUUUUCAUGAGAUGAUAACGAUUGCGCAAAUGAACAAUUCGCUGCCCCCGCGAAACCCACAUUUGCCCAACGUCCACAUACCCGGCCCGCCGCAGUUUAAGCCGUUGACAAGAAUCUCGUCCGGUCAGCAGCAAGGCGGCGGCAGCCGGCCCUCGAAUGACAAGCGGACACUAAACGACUCGGGUAUGUUGAACAACAGCACUUCUGCGAUGAACGACACAAGUCUCAACUCUUCCGGAAUCGCUCUGCAAGCUUCGCAAGACAGGCCGGUGCUGACGAGUCGCCCGGCAAUUGUACCCGGUUCGCAGAAGCCGCGCGCUACGGCGGAAUUGUUGCGCGAAGAGCGGGCAAACGGCUCGGACGGCGAGGAUUGUGAAGAUCUUGCGCCCAAUUCGCAAGGAAAUAACGCCAACAACGCGACCGGCCAGGAGCUGCGGCAGCAGAUUGCGAUGACGCAGGCCUUCGCUUACACCGGGGUAGCGGCCGCGUCGCAGCUGGACAUCGGUGCACGGUUUGAGGACGAACAGCAACUCGCGGGUCACAUCCACGAAGUGUUGACCGAAAUGAAGCAGCAGGGCAAGCCCGUGCUAGAGCGCUUAAUUGCGGUUUUCGGAGAAUUGAACGUCAACGACGCGGAGAAGCGGGCGGACCAGCGCGAGGAGCGCGGGCUGCCCCCCGUAGACCGAUCUGCGCCACUGAAACCCGGUCCACUGGAGGAGAAAAUUAGCGAAAACGACCCCGAAUCCAUGCCGAGCGUGAUGGACGAUAGCCAGCAGGGGAACAAGAUGUUGUCCGAGAAGAAAAAGCCUCCUGAACUACAACCGCCGGCCGUGUCGCACGAUCCGUUGAAGAUCACAAACCCGAGCGGGACCGUGGUGGAAGCGAAAGUUACCUGGCUGGCGCACGAGCCGCACGAAGUGGACCAGACGCUGAAUAAGCUGAGCCGGCCCUGGCCGUACGAGGGCUUGCAGAUCCACUUUUCCUACGACGCGAUUCUGCAGCCCCAGAAACUUGUCAUGGCAGCAGUGGCGAAAGCAAUCAAGUACGGACGGCACGCGGUUCUCGAGUCGCCAACGGGGACGGGCAAGACCGCCGCCCUACUGUGUGCCGCGCUCGCCGCGCAGCGCUUCCUGUCGACGAAGUACGGCGCGCACCCGCAGAUCAUUUACGGAACAAGGACGCAGGGACAGGUGAAACAGGUGGUGAAAGAACUGAAGAAAUCCCCCUACCGGCCCGCCGUCACCUGCCUGGGCUCGCGCGAAAAGAUCUGCUCCAAUCUGCAAGUGAAGCAAGCGCCCGGCGACAUGCGCUCCAAGUGCGCGAAGGCGCGGAAGGUGGCGGACCGGCCCGUGAACGCGCGGCGCGCCGGGGAGAUCAGUUGCAGCAAGUUUAAGAACAUGGGCGACGACCCCGAGAAGUUCGCGUACGACGUGCACGCAAACACCCGGCCCGCGAUCGGCGAUCCGAAGCGCAGCAACUUGCCCGACAUCGAGGACUUAGUCAAAUUGUCGGAGGAGCACGAGAUCUGCCCCUACUUCCUUGCGCAAACUUUGUCUGUCGACGCCGACAUCGUGGUCUGUCCCUACAACUACAUUCUCGACCCGAGAGUUCGGGAAAACAGCAAAGUGUCCAUCAAGGACCGCGUGAUCAUCCUCGACGAGGCGCACAACAUCGAAUCCGUGUGCAAAGACGCGGGUAGCAAGGAGAUCCCGGAGCGCAGCAUCAACGGCGAACUGCCCGAGCCGGGCAACCGGAACGAGCCGGCGCUGACCGUGUUCGAGGACAAGGUCACGAUCAACAUCCCCGUGCACAUGAAGUUCCCGAAAGGUUCGCGCAUCCCCGAGCAGGAGCAGGCCGGCCCCGGGGCGGAGAUUCUCUCGCGGUUCGGCUGCAACCACGUCUCUCGGUUCUUCCGCAGUGUAGCGAACUGGAUGGAGCAGAGGAAAAACCAAUUUCUGGCCGCCGGGAACAAGAGAGCGCAGCUGUUGCAGGAGAAGCAAAGGUUUAACCUGCAGUCGAACCACAAGUGGGAGGCGAUGUCGUUCGCGCCGUAUAAGGGCAUCCGGGUCGGCACGCUCUUGGAUGAGCUGAAGAUGGGGAUCGGCAUCGACAGUCGGACGGGGGCGCCCUUCGACAACGACCCGGUUUGUGUUUACAAGACGCUGCAGAAAAUCCAGCAAGCCAUUGCGAAGAUCAAGCACGAUGACACUGCGCAGCAGCAGAGCGCGCUCGACGAACUGGACGCCUAUUUGAGUGCGCUCGUGCGGCUGUGCGAAAAUCCGGAAAGCUACGCUGCGUCAUUAAUGGUCCAGCUGUAUGAGCCGCGGCGGGGGCCCUCCGUCGGCGCAGAGGCGGAACCACCGCAGGAGCCGCGUUUUGUCGCGGUUCUGUGUCUCUAUCUCCUAUACCCCGCGGUCACCUUUGAGCGCGUGUCGGAGCAAGCACACUCGGUGAUCUUAGCAAGUGGAACUUUGUGCCCUGUGGAAAGCUUCUUUUCGGAGCUCGGGCAGGACUUCGCGGACAGACAGGUACAACGAACAGGUUUCUUUGGUUGAUUUCAGUGGUUGGCAAUAGGAAAAAUCGCAUAAAAGGAAGCAAAUCGUUUGCAUGCGUGUUCACGUUUUCGAAUUACAACAAAUUCCAAAAACAGGUCACUGGCAAGUUUCUUUCUCGCUGUCUGUCGCCGUUGGAAGCGGAGCACGUCAUCGGGCCCGAACAGCUCCUCGUCCAGAAGAUGUCGGUCGUGGGCAGUGGCAACCGGCUGCAGCGCUUCAGUUCCGAUUACAACACGAUCCGGAAAGCCGGGAACUGGAACGAACCGCUGCUGCGAGACCUCGGCCUGUCGCUCGUAAAGAUGUGCAGCGACAUCCCCGGCGGGGUGCUGAUCUUCUUCCCUUCCUACACUUUUCUGAACAAGAUUGCCGGAUUUUGGCGAUCCAAUUUCGGCCGGUGUCCGGAGCUGCAGAACCAAACCAUCUGGGACGCGUUGGAGCAGACCAAGAAAAACAUCGUCAAAGAGGAGAGUGCGCUGGACAUCGAGGAACUCAAGGCCCAGUACUCCAACUAUAUCGAGCAGGACGGAGAAGCGCUCUUGCUGGGCGUGAUGCGCGCGAAGUGCAGCGAGGGCAUCAGCUUCAACGACCACUACUGCCGUGCGGUGAUUGUCGUGGGCUUGGCUUAUCCCGCAAGGGAGGCGCCGGAGAUCAAACACAAAAUGCAGUACAACACGUGGUGGCGGAAAGCGGUGCAGCAGCAGCAGGCACUGAACGAUAGAAACGCGGCAAUGAAGGGCCAAGCUGCGCCGGCGAAACAAAACGUCCCCAUCACGGGUGACGCGUGGUACGGACAGGAAGCCUUUCGCGCGAUCAACCAAGCGCUGGGACGAUGUGUGCGGCACAAGGACGACUACGGCUGUUUGAUCCUGCUGGACGCGCGGUGGAGCGAAGGCUCUGGCAACGUGGCAAAGCUUGCGCAGUGGCUGCGCGCGAUCGGGAUCGAAGAUGCAGUACCGCCAGACGACCUCCAGAAAAAGAUAAAGGAUCACUUCAACCGAAACACAUCCAAGAGACGGAAACUAAACUGAGGUUGAAGAUCAAUGAUGCGCUUACUCCUAAAAGUAGUCGGGCAUGAAAGAGGUCCUCAUUUCCACUUCGCUGCCCUUCAGCAGCUGGUCAUGAAUUCACCGCAACAGUCGAUCCGUUCCAGGGCGGUGGCAAGUUAUUUCUGUCGCUUUGGGUUUGGGAUUUUAUCUACCCGCUGCUGCUCGGUGCAAUCACUUACACACGAAUGUGACCAAGCAUAG